GGAAGCCGAUCUUUUAAUGCAGCAUUUCCAUAUGUGACUUUAAUAAAUGGUAACAGUGCAAAAGAUUUUUCUCUUCACGAUGAAAUUCCCGUAAGCCAUACCCGUGCUAUUGCUGUUCCAGUCAACGGUGAUUUUAUUUUUCUUUUGUGACCCAUCAGUCUGGGGAAAACAGGGAUACCAAAUUGGAAGACUUGUUACUCUAAACGUUUUGUUCUUGUGUUGGUGGUACACAUUGUUCGGUGAUUCACCUGUGGCUGGUAGCACUGUCAAGAAAAGUGCGGGAAGUGCGUAGAGUUUGGAUUUUACAAGAAGUUUUUAUUUUGUAUCUUUAUUAAAUACAGAACCAGCUGAGUUCUAGGAAUAUAUGUGUACAAAGUAAGUUUAAUCUCAUCAUCUGAGUUUCAACAAGAAUUCAAGACGUCACAGAGCUCUUAAACUCCAAAUUUGCGGAGAAAAUGGUGCCAGCCAUGCCUGAACAUAUGAUAAAUGGAAUUAUUGUUAACUUCCCAUUUGAACCUUAUAGUGUUCAAUCAGCAUACAUGGAAAAAGUCAUUGAAUGUCUGAAGAAGAGAGUGAAUGGGAUGUUGGAGUCGCCAACAGGCACAGGCAAAACUCUGAGCCUGUUAUGUGCUUCUCUUAGCUGGCUUACCGUAAAGAAGGCCCAGCAACAGGCAGAGUCCCUAGGACUGUACAAUCUUCCAGAUGGCGACUUUGUGACUGGGCUGCAGAAUAAACUGAGGGAGGCAGCAGGCCCUGUGAACACAGCUAGGACUGGUGCCUCAUCAUGGGAUUCUGGCAGUACACAGAUUAUCUAUGCCUCGCGGACACACUCGCAGUUGUCACAAGCUAUUCAGGAGCUGAAGAAAACUGGCUAUGUGAACACAAAGGUAGCAGUUCUCGGUUCUCGGGACCAGAUGUGCAUCCAUCCUGAAGUGUCAAAAGAGGAAAACAAUAUUGCAAAGGUCAAUUUAGAAUCUGCUUUGAAAAUAAAUUUAAAAAGUCUGUGAGAUUGAAAUUUUUAAUUGAUGUUUUAGAGAUGAAUUGUGGAAGAAUUGAAGGUUGUUUCCUUGUAAAUAUUCUUCCAUUUUUAAAUCAUCACCACUGUAGCAACCAAUCUCAGUAAGCUUUUGUAAUUUUGAUGUGUACAAAGCAAUUAAAGGUGUUUUAUACCAUUACCAAA